AUGCUCACUAGGAGAGCUCUUAUGGAGAAUUAUGAUGCUUAUAUUUUUGCAAUGAAGAACAACAUCAAAUCCCUAGAGUUUAAUGAGGAAGGAAAACCCAUGCUUAAAAGAAUAGAGUUGUUCAAAAGAUUAAGGAGAAUCCCUCUAGACCUCUUCAGAAUCAAAAUAGUGAUAACCUCCUCAGCUUGCUACAGGGAAUUUCAGAGAUUAAUCAGGUCAAGGUUAAAGAGGAAGGAACAUGUUUACUCUGUCAAAAAUAUCCGAAAGGAAGAAUUUAACAAAAUAGAGCCCACUUACCUUGUCUCUAAAGCUCAAUGGGAUAAAAUUCUGAUAAAUUCUAAGGUGAUACUUGAGAACGGGGAGGAUUUCUGAAAGCUUCUCAGCUCUGUCAAUAAAGCAGACCCUGUCUUUCUCAAAUCUCUCUAUAUAUUGGGUAAAGGGUUAAUCAAGUUCAAAUCUGGGCCUACAUUAGAGACCCCUGACUUCAGUGAGUUAAGAAAGAAGAAAUUUAGCAGAUUCUUAGACUCUAUAAAUAGAAUAAACGAACUGUAUUUCAGAGGAUUUGCUCCUGCAAAAUUUGAUGAGGCUUUGCAAGAGUUGCAAAAUGCUAGUCUCACUGUGGAGAGUCUUAUAGUUCCAAAAGAGGUUUGCCCAAGCUAUAGCUAUCUCUCUAAUCUGAGAUUUAUGGGAAAUGCCUUAAAGUCACUCCAAAUAGAAUACUCACCACAACUAAUUCUUCAAUAUCACCUGCUUGCUGGACUCGAGCUGGAGACUCUUGGUGUCACUCUUGAAAAUGAUCAUAUUAAGACAUUUGAUUUCGAAAUGUUUGAUCAUUGAAAUCCUAAUAUCUCCAUCAGGAUCCAAACGAAUGGAUCAGAGGCUCACAGACCUUUAUUAAAUAUUGUUCCUAAACUUCCAAAUCUGAGGACGGAAUCAGAAUCAUACACAAAACCAUACAAUCCAGAUAUAAAAUUCUGAAAAUUUAACAAAUGCAAGCAAGAGCUUGUUUUCUUCAAGGCUGAAUCAGCCAGCUUUGAAAUCGACCUUGAUAAUAAAGAUGUAGUGCUUACUUCUGAUGAGGGUUAUUUCUACCUACAGACUCUAUCCAACUUGAAUAUUAGAAAAUUAUAGUAAAGAUGAAAGGAGAUGAUCAAAAUAAGAUCAAGCGGACUUAUUUCCCUGGUAUAGAUUCUUCAAUUAUAAAUCAUGAGUUUAAAUCAGAUGAAGUGUUAAUUUUCCCUUUAAAAUAUGCUUCUAAGUUUGUCAUGGACACAACUCAUCCUGGGUGUACAAAGGCAGUGGAUUCAUUUUUCGCACAGAAGUCUUUACAGCCAAUUGUAAAAUCCUGUAAGAAUUGUGAAGUUAAAUUAAAUACUUCUGAUGCAGAUCUUAACUCAUACAUUCUUUUGGUGGAAUUGCUACCAAAAGAUACUUUAUACCACAUAGAGCUUUCCGAUCAGCACUUGAACUGUGAGAAAGUCAUUGAAAGGCUGGAGGUAUUCGCGUGCUCCAAAGUACCAAUUAUCACACUUGCCCAUGAGAAAGCUUGUGAGCUUCUGUUCUCUCCAAAUUCUAUUGAGAGAUUGAUAUCGCUGCUUUAUAAUGAGACAUGGUGUGAGAACCUCCAGAUUUUGCAGAUUUAUUGUGAAAAACAGAGAUCCUGAGUAAAGCUCUUAAGAGCUGUAACUCAACUAUAUAAUCUGAGAGAGCUCGAACUCAAGUGGGAACAAGGAAAUUCAGAUAAAAAGGUCAACAGUAUUCUUAAGCAGCGCAAAGAAAUUUUUGACAAAUUUUCUACCUUAGAUGUAUGAAAAAUUUAAACAUAGUUUAAAUAUAGAAUCAGAUUCAAUUAUCC